AUGCGAACAUCUUCGAGGAUAUCCCACACUCAUACCCCUUAUCGAAGCGAUCUCGGAAAGGCGGGGUCGACAUUGACGUUGCACUACCGAGGAACACGAUCAACACGUGACUGGAUUGCCCCGCUUGCUGAAAUGCCCUUUUUCGCGGCGCUCAAGACUGAAGACGACCUCAAUCAUGACGCCGAACCAGCGAGACAACCCCGACACAUCUCCAACUAUACCUUAACGCCUCCCACCGAAACAGAUCUAACGCUGCAUCGUGCGAGUAUUGAUAGCGAGAUGAGUGACACCAAUCCAGAGCCCGUCUCUCCUCAAUUGACGCCCGAGGAGGCGAAUCGGAUAAUCCAUUCCCACCGGAAAGUUCGGUAUGACGAUGACGACUCCACCGAGUCACGUUAUCUAGGUCAAAAUAGUAUCGCUGCUUUCCUAAGUGAAGAGGCCAGAGGUGGGCAAUCGGUAGAAGGUGGUGAUCCAGAUAGUAUCAGGAAAGACAUCAUGCCGAUUCUCGGGUUGCAGAUAUCCUCGGCACCAUAUCCAUUCAUGUCUCCAAGCCAUAUGGAUAAAAUCCGCCAGGAUAUCGCUGCAGCACUACCUUCCGAUCGAGAUAUCCUCAAGACUUUCAAUGUAUACAAGCAGAUUGUUCAGCCAUUCUGGGGCCUGCUUAUAGAUGUUGGAGACUUCGAAUCUAAGCUUUGCAUUUACCUCGAAGAUCGAGGCGCAAACUCAAAACAUCCUGCCAAUGGCAGCAAAGGUGUGUCUUCAGCUUGGCUGGGCAUGCUGUUUGCUGUACUCGCGGUAGCAACAAACUAUACUGAAGCAUCCUAUCAUAAGCGCGUUGCUACGAGUCAAGCUUUUGUACAAUCAUCUUUUCAUUGCUUAAGACUUUCUAACUUCCUCAUCCGACCUUCACUUGAAUCACUGCAAGCACUUCUGAUUCUUGGCUUUGUUCUGGCAAAUGACAUGAAAGCAGAAGCUUCCUGGGCUUUGAUAGGCUUGACUUGUAGGCUUGCUCAAGCUUUAGGAUUACAUCGUGGAAAGCACGAAUAUUCUCGCCUCACACAAACCGCUCCACUUGAUGAUCUACCCAAGAGAAAACUCUGGUGGACUAUCGUAUGGCAAGACAGUUUGUUAUCGCUCUCCUUUGAUCGGUCCCCCAUAGCCGUCAUGACUCGAUGUCAACUGCCCUUGGGGCCAACAGCUGCAACUGAAGGCUGGUCCUACACAGAGGCAAUGUAUCACCUGUGUCAAAAGAUCCUGCAAUCGGUCAACAACGAUAGCGGCAUACCUCCCGAUUUUAAUCAAAUUAUGAAAGACUCUGCAGAAGUCGAAAACAUUCGUCAGCAAGUACAGCCAAACAUUCGACAGAAGGAAUCUUGCAAAACAGUUCAGGACUGGUUACAGUACUAUGCAGUUCGUCUACAUACAUCUUUUGUGAUGUCGGUGUUAUGCCGGCCUGCUCUUCGGAGAGGCGAAAUUAUAGGCAUGGACGCAUCACAGAAGGAACUUCUCGCUAAGAACUGCAAACAAAAUCUAGCUGAAACGGUAAGAAUGUAUCUGAAGAUGCACUCACUGAGCGUCAUACCUACGCGUUCGUGGGCUUUCACCUAUCACGGGCUGUCAUCGGCCGUUUUGUUGGGGAUUUUGGGAGAAACCAAAACAGAUCCUGAAGUACGCCAACUACAGGGUGAGCUGAUUUCAGCACUAUCAACAUCUGCGGCUAAAGAUCAAAAGUCGCCUCAUUUGCCCAAGGGUGAAAAGGAUAUUGAGCUGAGUGGGCCACUAUCUCGCGCAUUGGCUGCACUGAAAAAUAUCUACGAUCAUGGCUGGGUGAGCGGCCAAGAGACACCUGGUCUUCAAAAUGUCGAUCAAACCCACUUUGAGCAACAGCAAAAUGCUGCAAUGGCUAUGGCAUCGAUGCAGAAUAACGGGCUGCCUCCUAUGGAUUUCACUCCACAAAUGAUGGGGCCAAUGGGUGCACCGUCACCACAAAUUAUUGACCAAACUCUCAACAUGUCGCCGAUGGAUUUGUUUGACUCGAUAUUCUGGGAACCUUAUCCCUCCUACAAUGGUGGAAUGGAUGGUGGGGUAGACCAGCUCGGAUUUGAUUACAGCCAACAACUAUACCCACAGUUUUAA